AGGAGGUCGCUACAUUUAGUGAAGCAGCUCUCUCUAGGCAGAGGACUUCCGGUGCACAGGUUUGGAGCUCGGGACCUGUCGGAAUCCUGGAAAAUCCCUUGGCGGGUGACUCGUCGUCCCGCACCUGCGCAGUGAGAUUCUUCCAUCUCAGUCCCCUCCGAGUAUUCUGCGAUCCAGCGACACUGGUGUCCUGGCUGUUGAGACUGAGACUGGAAAAUUGGGCCCCGGGCCUCCACACAGAUGGAUUUCCCCAGCGAUCUCUUUCCCACGUUCUUUUUGCCUGGUCCCCCUGGCCUGAGUGACUCUCCUGGCUCCUUUCUGUCCUCUGUUUGGAGUGACUAUAUGCAACUGCUGAAGCCCCCCCAGACCCAGGAUCCAUCGAUGAGGAAACUGAGGCCCUGGGAGGCUAACCCCCAGCGUGAGGCAUCAUAUGUGACAAAGUGGGGAAGAUGGAAGCCUGACACUCCUGGGCCCCUGCCUUUCCUGCAUCCUGGUGCAGAUCCCUGGGACCCUGAGCUGACCUCCCGAGAUCUGCUUUUCCGGGGGAGACCGAGGCAUCCUCCCAGGGCCAAAGCAACGAUAGAUGUUGUAGAGCAGCUCAACCACUUCUUGUGGGAUCAUGGGGACAUUGCUUUUGGACCCCUUGGAAUGCUGCUGCAGGAGAAUUUUAACCUGGGAGAACGUAAGAAAUCACACAAGGCCAGGGCAGUGAUGAACGCGGGACGGUUGCUCCAGGACCUCGGUGGAUACCAGCCCAAGGGGUGCCCCUGGGCCCACUUGAGUACCCGUCAGCGCCGGUUCUCCCUCCUCGGGGGCACGGUGCUGGGUGAGGAAGUGGAAAGUCUGCUCGGGGGGCUGCUGCACGAGGAGCUGGAGACGCGAUGGAAGGAGCUGCUGCUGGAUGACGCUUGUACUGGUGGGGCUCUGGCUUGGGUACCUGGGGCCAAAGCCCACACUGGGCAGCUGGUCUACCCUACUGGGCGAGCCCACAACCAGCUGAACUUCCAGAAGAUAAAACUGUCCCCCACCAGGGAGCCCCAGGUCCUUGGGGACCCAACCCACAUCUCGCUCCGGGGACCAGUCCGGCAGGUGGUGACCCGCACGGUCCAGGGAGAAGCUCUGGUGGCUGUCCGCUCUGAUCAUCACUGUGCUGUGUGGCAAGUCGGUUGUCAAGGGCGCCCUGAGCCCCUGCAGGUGCUGGAUACACAUAAGGGAGCCACAGGGAUCAGCCUCAGCCCCCAUCUUCCUGGAGAGCUGGCAGUCUGCACCCGCUCAGGAACUGUCUGCCUGUGGAGCCCAAGAGAUGGGCUGCAGCAAAUCCACAAAGACCCUGAGACCCUUGUCUUCAAGGACCCCUCUUCGUGGCGCUGGGUGGACUUUGCUGCUCACCCCCGGAUGUUGACCAUCGCUGACCGCACUGGAGUCCACCUAAGAGAUGUCCGGGGUCCCUCAGACUGUGGUGAGCUCCUUUUCUGUGUCGGGGCAGAAGCCUCGUGUCAACGAGGGGAGCGUGUCUUACUGGCCCAGUACUUGGGGACACCAAGUCCUCUCUCCCUAAGCCCCACCCUUCACCUCAUCUGUUCACAGUCCUCUCUCUACCUGCUGGACGAGCGUUUGCCUCUUGUGCCGAUGCUGAAGUGGAGCCACUCACUCAUGUCCCCACCGUUGCUGGCUCAGCUCCUGCCCCCGCCCUGUCCUGGGGCACCUCUUCCCUUGCUGCUUGGAGGCCUUGGGGGCCAUCUGCGGAUGCUGCAUCUCUCAGGAGGAUCCAGUCAUGCCCCUCAGCUAGCGGCUCCACCGCAGUCACUCCCUUCACUGAUUGACUCACUCCAUGGCUUUCCAGUCCUCGAGCCACACGGUCAGCAGCUGCUGCAGGACCGUCUCAAGGCUCCCCUCACAGGCUUGGCUGCUGUCGUCCCACCGAGUCACCCUUCUCCCAGCAUGCUGCUCUUCCAACUCUCAGCUGCCGGAGAUGUUUUUUAUCAGCGCCUCUGGCUCCAGCCAGACAGCAGCUCCAAAAAUGCUGAUUCUCCCCAAAACGGUAUCUCUUCCACUGACUGCGCUGAUGAUCCAGGCUUCAGUUCUCAUGAUCAGACCUCUGCUACCCCAUCCUUGAACACGGCUUCUGACGCCUGUGCCCUUUCCUGGAAUGCUCAGGCUGUUGCUUGCUGCCGCCGUUGGCUGAAGACCCUGCUUCAGGUGCCCCCAGCCCUCCCUCCUUGGACACCCCCUACAUUCUCCCAACACCAUCAUCUCCGAUGGUCAAGGGAGGAAGAAGACAAAGGGGAGGUCCGAGAGGGCCUGCAGGCUGCCAUGACUGAAGGCCGGCUCCUGCAGCAAGAGGACCUGGGCCCACUCCCUCCCUCAGAUCCUCCCCCUGCACAUGAGCCCUUCGGGCCAGAGGACAAGUUGAGCGAACGUUUGAAAGCAUCCUGGGAGGGGAAGGGGGCCGUCUGGUGGGACAGCCAGCAAGGCAGCACCCAGGUGCCUCGGAAGCGGCAGAAGAGGAGGUCUCAGCUCUCUAGUUCUUUCUCCUCCGUCAGAACCAACUCUGACUUCUCGGACAUUGCCAGUUCCCCUCACCGUUCCUAUGAGACUCCCAGCCCCCUCCACAAGCUGCCUGAAACUUCUCGAUCUCUGGAGCUGUCCCAGGAGCUAUGGGCCUGGAGCAUACCCCGCGAGCGGCGGCAGACACUCCGAGACUAUCUGGCGGUCCUCCCUUCUCCAGACUCAGGGGGCUGCUCUACACCCCUGUCCCAGAAUCCAAGCAGCCACAGCCUCCCCACUUCUGAGCCAGGGAGACACUCAGUACUGCGCUCCCAGAAUCCAAGCACUCAGACCCUGCCCUCCCAACACACUCCUUCCCUUGCAGGUUCACAACCUCGUAAGAAAAAGCCCCGCAUGGGCUUCUAAGGACUUCUUUGGAUCAUAGGGUCCUCAGAAGUAUCUGGUCCUCAUAGGACUGUAGCUUUAGGCCGGAAGAUGAAGAAACUGGGGCCCAAAAAGACUCAUACAAGCGUUAAUGAUCACUAGCCAAUGCUUCCUCCUCCAUCACCUUGCAACUUUGACAAAGUCUAUCCGCGUCUGGCUCUACCCAGCCUCCACCGCUGGGUAGUUGGAUCAGUCUUGAUGUUGAGGAAAAGUUUUCAAUUCAUUUGCCUGUAAAAACCCAAAUCUGGCCUAUUUGCUUUAAUAGUCAUCCCUCUGGGCAGCUAGGUGAUGCAGUGGAUAAAAGCUCCUGCCUUGGAUUCAGGAAGACCUGAGUUCAAAUGUGGCUAAAACACUUCACAAUUACUAGCUGUGUGACCCUGGGCAAGUCACUUAACCCUCAUUGCCCUGCCCCCCUCCCCCCAAAAUAUACUAAUCCUCUUUAAGUUCAUGGGAGAUCACUAGAAGUUGCCCUCCCCUUAUGCCCUGCUUCUGACACUUCCUCUCCGACCACUGAAACUGGGCUUAAUAAUUAUGCCAUUUGGCCUUGGGUAUUUAUUUUUCACAGCCAGACCCAGAUGGGGAAGAGCCCCCCAGGGGACACAGAGAUCCACUACAGUUGGCUGUGAUAUUGGGCAUCAUUGUGGCCAUGAUCCAGAGCACAAAAAAAAGGGUGGCCCUUAAACUUGAGCAAAGUCUCACUUUUACCAGGGAAAAUAUAUAAAUUAGAAGGGACUCUGAAGGUUGGGCUGGGGAGCAUGAAUGACGAGCCAUCUUGUAGCUGUGGCCUCAGGUUUUCACCUUUGACAUCAACUCAAUUUCUAAACUCUGGGCCUUUAAAAUGAUACCCUUUUCUGCUAUUGGUUAACUCCCUUCUUCGAAAUGACUUGCCGAUCCCUUCACCAUGACCUACAGGCUGAUGAGCACAUAAGAGAGGGGUAAGACCCCUCCGGUUCUGACUUUGAGAUUUGGGCACCAUUCUCCUUAUGUGUUGUAACGAUUGGAAUGACGCCACCUGCUGGAGAGUAACUGUAGGAAAACUCCACCAUGAGGAGAAGGCAUCUGAUGGCAAGCCAUGCGGCUUUCCUCGGCGUCAGGAAGUUUGC